UGAGCCACGAAAGUCUAACCUGCUGUCCUGCCUUCAGAUCUCUCUGGGGAAGGAAGGACCGAGUCCAAAUCCACCACCACAAUGAUUGUCAAGGUGUUGUUCACACUUGGCUUCUUCCCGUUGGUUGAAGUAACAGAAGUCAAGAUUUUGGUGAAACAACCUCCCUUGCUUGUAGCAACCAAUAAUGAAGUAAAUCUCGUUUGCAACUACAUCUACAACGGAUCCCGGACAGAAUUCCGAGCCUCCCUCCAGAAAGGAGUAGACAGUGCAGUGGAGACCUGCUCGCUGUAUGGGAAUGUUUCCCACCAGGAAAAUUCUCCGUCAAAUAAAGAAUUCAACUGCCACGGCAUAUUCAAUGAAACAACAAUGACAUUUCAUCUCUGGGACCUGCUUGUUAACCAAACAGAUAUUUACUUCUGCAAAAUUGAGGUCAUGUACCCUCCUCCCUACUAUCACAACGACAAGAGCAAUGGAACCAUCAUUCACGUGAAAGAAAAGCUGAAAUGCCCAGAUAUGAACCAUCAACCCCCCAAACCCUUCUGGGCUAUAGUAGCCGUUGUUGGAGCCCUUGCUUUUUACAGUAUGUUAAUUACAGUGGCCUUUUGCAACUGCUGGCUGAGGACCAAGAAGAAUAGGAUCCUUCAGAGCGACUAUAUGAACAUGACUCCCCGCCGGCCUGGACCGACCAAAAAGCAGUACCAGCCCUAUGCUCCGUCCCGAGACUUCGCGGCCUAUCGCUCCUGACACAGACCCCUAAACAGAUACAAAGCAGCCAACAUCCCUCCUACAACCUAGCACUGCUCACCCAAACGAGAAGGACAACUUUCAAUUCACAUUAGCUGAUUCCGCCUGAUCUCCUGCAGAGCCCAAUAGCUCUUUCCUCGUGUUGAUAGACCCAAACUCACAGGACAUUUUGGCAUGAAAACGUUGGGUUUUUUCUUUUUUUUAUUUUUUUGAUGACAGCAAGUACUGUUCUCAAGUUAAAGACAUGAUUGGACUUCAGUGGGGGAAUAGAAAAAAAGAAUCUAGACUCCCUACUGAUUUCACCAGUAGCCCUCAAUUCACCCAGGCAACUGCUGGUUCGGCCCAGGUUUUCCACUUUCACCUCCCACACAACCUUCCCCACUUUUCUUCAAACCUCCUCUCUAAGUCAAGCAGUAUGUCGUAGCCGUUGACUUUUAUAAGUGUAUUUAAGGAAAAAGGCUAGGCUUUCAAGUGUUUUCUUCAGGACAAAGAAGACUGUAAUUUUUGAAUUUUUUUUAGUGAAGUCCUUACUCUGAUGAAGGUUUCCAUUCGAUCACCUUCUUCAUCACCAUCAGUAUUUAUUGAGCACCUACUGUGUGCAGAGCACUAUACUAGAAACUUGGAUCGCAUAUAAUCGAAGUAGAAGAAAUGGACUUUGCCCUUGAGGGGCACACCUUUUUCUCAUUAGUUUAGAAGGACAUUAUAAAUAGAAAAAUACUACUAUUAAUACCUUGAAUUUGUCGAGUGCUUUUAUUUUUCCAAAGCGCUUUCCUAUCAACUGUCUCGGUUUAUCCUCUCAGCAUCAGGCAGUAUUAUUCCCCAAUUUUUACAAGUGAGGAAGCUGAGGUACACAGAGAUGAAGUGACCUGCCAAGGUCAUACGGCAGGCUGGUGGCAGAGCUGAGACUAGACCCAGGAAAUGUGACUCCCAGGCCCUAGUUCCAGGUGAUUGAUUUGUUUUGUGCAAUCCAGAGAGAGGGGUAUCCAUUGAAAAGCUCACACUGCAUUUCAGAAUUUUCCAUUUCCCUGAAAAGACCUGUUCCAGACCCUGAGGACCUUUUACGUUAGAGGUAUAGGAGUGAGAGUCGUCUAGCUGUUCUGAAUCGAACCACAGGGUUAUUUUUCUUUUACUUCAAUUUUGCAGAAUGUAGUAGAAUCAGUAAGGGGAUCUGACUGGUGAGGGAUUUGGGAAAACCAUCGAGGAGAAACGCUUAAACUGGGAAAAUGUGAAAAGCGAGAAGGAAGAGGUCAUUCUGGAGGAGGAGGAGGAGGAGGAGGAGAAGGAGGACAUCAGGGAAUGAUUUAGGAAAUGGUGAGUCUUGUUUGGAGUCCUGCACUGGUACCCAACCGGAAAAAUGCUGGAGCAGAAAGACGACUUGACGGAACCUCAAGAGAUUCAUCAAGAGCCGGGGACACAACCUAUUUCAGAGGCCCACCAGUCUGUUUGAAGGAUGAAGAAUUCAGACUUCCGUCCUCUUCGAUUAGCUGACUAGACACUUACGAUUCCCCCAGCGUGGAAUCACUCAAGAGUGGCCCUGAAGGUUGCUCUGUCUCCAGAUGGGUGAUUCUACGGCCUCAUCUCUUUUUACAGUCAGACAGAUCCACUCCCCGCUGACUGUAUGAACUGCUAAUCAUCUAGCACGAUCUGGGGAAAUUAUGCAUACCGAGAAUGAACUGGAAAACAACCCGGACGCUAAAUAGGGUAAUGCAGCACAGCCCCAAAGUGAGGCGAGAAAGAGCCAGAAUCAUCCACGAAAGGAAAGAUGUUUACAGACAUUUUCAGUAUCUAAGAAGUUCUGGCAUUUCACCAUGUCCCCUUUCCUGGAGUGUAUUACUGUACUAAUAAAAUGCAGGGUAUUUUUUUAUUUUUUAAUACAGGGAAA